AAAGAAGAGAAAGGAAGAAGACGCCAGAGAUUGAAUAAAAUAUUGAACACUGUCCCACUUAUGAAAUUGCUGUGUUGAGUGGUUUAGUUUCCAAAGCUAGUUUCUUGUUGAGGUGGCAGCUAGAGAACUAUCAAGUAGUUUCAUGGUUGGGACUGCCCCAAUCGCAACGGCUCGCAGCUCAUCCCAAUCCGAUGGCCCGCGCCGCCGCUCGCCUCCUCCCGCUCUUCCUCCCAUGGCGGCGCCCGCCCCCGGCCCGCCUCCUCCGCCGCCGCCUCCUUCUGAACCCUAGCAGCCCCAGGACUCUGGCCGCGCGCCCGGACACCCUCGUCCUCCCCGGCGACGAGCACUCGCCCACGCCGGCUCGUCUCCACCCGCACCAGACGCGCCAGGACUACGGCGGCGGAGGCGGGGGCGGCGCCCCCGGAACCAUCGCGUCCAUCGUCACCUCCCUCGGUGGCGGACCGGCGGCGGUCGGGAUCGUGCGGCUAUCGGGCCCUGACGCCGUCGCCGUCGCCGGCCGCGUGUUCCGGCCCGCCAGGAGGGCGCCGGCGCAGGCUCCGUGGCAGCCGCGAAGCCACUUCGUGGAGUACGGACUCGCGCUCGACGCGGACGGCAGCGUCAUCGAUGAGGUCCUGGUGGUGCCUAUGCUGGCUCCGAGGUCGUACACGCGGGAGGAUGUGGUGGAGCUCCAGUGCCAUGGCAACGACCUCUGCUUGCGCCGCGUGCUCAGGGCUUGCUUGGAAGCGGGCGCCAGGCUUGCGGAUCCUGGUGAGUUCACUCUUCGUGCCUUUCUGAAUGGGAGAUUGGACUUGGCCCAAGCAGAGAACGUGUCAAGGCUCAUUUCAGCUAAAUCAGCAGCUGCAGCAGACUCAGCUUUGGCUGGCAUCCAGGGAGGCUUUUCUACUCUAGUAAAGUCGUUGAGAUCAAGGUGCAUUGAGUUGCUAACAGAGAUAGAGGCUCGUCUAGAUUUUGAAGAUGAGAUGCCUCCCUUGGACCCGGUGAUGCUUAUCAGCAAAAUUAAUUGUAUGAGGCAGGAAGUUCAGGAUGCAUUGGACACUUCCAAUUAUGAUAAGCUAUUACAAUCUGGUCUGCAGAUAGCAAUAAUUGGCCGCCCAAAUGUUGGCAAGUCAAGCCUCCUUAAUGCUUGGAGUAAGAGUGAAAGGGCUAUUGUUACUGAAAUAGCCGGAACUACGCGGGAUGUGGUAGAAGCAAAUGUCUCGAUUCAUGGCAUCCCUGUUACUCUUUUGGACACUGCUGGUAUAAGAGAGACUGAUGAUGUUGUGGAGAAAAUUGGCGUGAAAAGAUCUGAGGCUGCUGCACUGGGAGCUGAUCUGAUUAUAAUGGCAAUAAGUGCAGUUGAUGGAUGGACUGAAGAUGACACUAAACUUAUUGAGCAUGUUUUGAUAAAUAAGAAAUCCUCAGGUUCUUCAGUUCCAAUGGUCCUUGUAAUAAACAAGAUCGAUUGUGCACCAUUUGUUUGUGGAGAACAGUUUGAAAAGUUCAGUGGCAUCUUCACAAAACAAGUCCAGACAUGUGCGGUCACUGGUAAAGGCAUUUCCGAGUUGGAGGGUGCUGUAAUACAGGUCAGGGGUAUUGAGCAUGUACCUUCUGGGGGACGACGAUGGACUGUAAACCAGAGGCAAUUCGAGCAGCUCUUGAGGACUAAAGAAGCUUUCACACGGCUAGAAUCAUCUAUCAGUGAGCAGUUACCGAUGGACUUUUGGACCAUAGACUUGAGGGAAGCCGCACUUGCUCUCGCAACAAUCAGUGGAGAGGACAUCUCUGAAGAAGUGUUGAGCAGCAUAUUCAGCAAAUUUUGCAUCGGGAAAUGAUACACGAGCUCCACGUCCUGCAGAUCCUAACUUGCCCUGUCAGAGAUGGUGCGUGAGUGCAUCCAAUAUUUUUUAGCUGAAGCUUGUUCCUCAACUCAAAGCACAAUGCAGCAGACUGACUGGCACUUACAAUGUACACUGUCCACCUUAGCGCACGUUGCAAAGAUGAUGAGGAUAUAGUUCUCUGAGUUCCUGGCUUGGUGUCGGAGCUUGUAUACGACGAUGAUGUUUAGGAGAAACGUUUAGCUCUGAUCAAAAUAAGAAUAUACUGUUUCAUUCAUUUGCAUGGUUGUUCAGAGUUUUUGUAGCAAGUGCGAUGCCGAACAGAGCACAAAAAAUGGGCCCCUGUUGCCCUGCACGGCUGCAUCCUGAACUCACUGCAGAGUGCAUAUUGCUUAUAUGAGCAAAUGGUAACAACUGGUUUGAUUUUGAUUC